GUUUUUUUUUUUCCAUUUCAUAGAUCAAAACCUAAAAAUCUUACUUUACCAGAAGAAGACACAUUCUCUCCAGGAGUGAAUGACUCUUAUUCUAAAAAUUCACCUGUUUAUACAAGUAUCGUGGGUUUAGUAAAACCUUCUGUUUCAGAACUUGGUACAGAAAACCUAAGAGUCUGUUUGAAGAUAAUUCAAUGUUACGUGUUACUGGGCUCCAGAGACUUUAUGCAAGUGUAUUCUGAGGCUGUUGCUACUUGCUUGUUGAGUUUGAUGACAGAUAUACGAACAGAAGGAAUGGUGCUGAUCUUAAGGUUGGUGGAAUUAAUUCUAAAAGCAUUUCCAAAUGAAGGCCCUUCAGUGUUCCAAGCCAUGUUGCCCGGGAUGAUCAGAACAAUUUUGGAUGCAGAGGAAAACUGUGUAGUGGUGGCCAUGCAUCUGAGUUUAUUUGCUCGAAUCCUGUUACAAAAUCAGGAGUUCAUGUGGUCAGUUAUCCAGCAUGUGGCCAAGGAGAUGGGCAAUGAUGCUGACUCAUUGUUUGGAGCGUUGUUGGACCACUGGACUGAUCGCAUAGACAUAAUCACACAGCCAGAAAGACGAAAGCUGUCUGCCUUAUCUCUUGCAUCAAUACUACCUCAAAACUACAGCAUUGUAACGGACAGAUUUGGAGCCAUAAUAAAUUGUCUUGUCGAAGUUCUUCAUGAUGUUUGCAGACUGGAUGAUGAAGGUUCAAUGGCAGAUGGUCUUGUGGUGGAGCCUGGGACUGCAACCUUAGACGACAGUCAGGACAAAGAGCACGACAAAAGGAAGCACAUGCUUUCGAGGCAAGACCCUGUGCACACAGUUUGCCUUAAGACCUAUGUGGUCUCGCAGCUGAACCUGUGCCAGCAGAUUCAUGGCCAGAAAGUCUUUGAGCAGCUCAUGGCACAAGUAGACCAAGAUGUUUCCAACCAGCUGCAGCCAUUUCUCCAUUAG